AUGCUGGCAACGGGCACGCUGGGGAGUGCUUGGUCAAUUCCGACCAAGCAGGGCGCUCUUCGAGCCCACUUCCUAUCUGACGAGUACCUGGAUGGUCUCGACAUGAACCCUACAGAGACUCAGUACAAGCUGGAGGCUCAGGCGCAAGUGCCCCUGUACAAGCAUUCGGCAACAGGCGUUAUAAUAUGGCGCCGGGCCAUUGAAUUGGCAUCGUCAAGGUACCGUUCCGAUGAGGGCACGCUCUUGUUUCACUACACCACAAAGGGUAACUUCAUGGCGAUUUGUUGUGCAGCGUAUCUUACUCCAGAACUGUGGUCGGCCUUGAAGGAUAUUGAUGGAUGCGUCCAUGGCUUGUCCGAGGAGCCGGAUCAGCUCGAUACAAAGGAGAUCGAGGCCAAAGCGUCCGACGGCAAUGGAGCGUCGAUGUCCGUUCGGCCAGUAGCGAGUGGCAUCCCGUCUAAUGUAUCGAAGUAUUGCUUGGUGAUCAAGGUGCCAAAGGACAUGGUUCAAAAGUCACCGGGACAAUCGAAGCACCAGAUGUGGAAGAUCGUGUGCCCAGAGGAAGCAGCGUGCCUAAAGUUGGCAGCUUCGAAAAGCGAGCAGCGCCUACUGAGAAUAUUGGAGGCGCGCAAAGCUGCUCUGGGUGCUGAACAUCCUGAGACUCUAAUUGCGUCAAACGACUUGGCGGCUUUGAUUGUUGCACAGGGCCGAUUUGCUGACGCAGAGCCUUUGUACAGACAGACCUUGCAGUGUUUGCAUGCACGGCUAGGUCCCGAGGACCCUGACACACUGCGAACGGCUUGCAACCUGGCUGCUUUGCUGGCUGCCCUUGGGCAAACCUGUGAGGCAGAGAAGCUGUACCGUACAAGCGCGAAGGGUUUGGAAGCACAACUGGGACCUAAGAACUUGGACACGCUGUAUUGCCAAAGCAAACUUGCUCAAGUUUUAAAGACAAGAGGUUAUGCACAGGAAGCUGAGCAACUUCUGCGAAAAGUCGUGCGAGGCAUGAAAGAAAAACUCGGAGCACAGCACCCAGACACGCUCUGUAACUGUGCUGCGCUGGCCUCUGUAAUGGAAGUCCUUGGUCGUGCGCAGGAGGCUGAGCCGGUACAAAACAAAGCCCUGGAAGGUUUCAAGGCACGCUUGGGAGAAAGCCAUCCGGACACGAUCGAGAGUGCCAUGGGUCUUGCAUCCAUCUACAGUGCUCGUGGGAAGCAUGAAAUGGCCGAGCCCUUGCUUCAGCAAGUGCUGGAGUGGCGAGAGAGGAAGCUGGGCCAUUUGCACCCAGAUACGCUUACAACGCUAGAGCGCUCCGCUGAAACUGCAAUGGUGCUGGGCCGCCUGAAACAGGCGGAACAGUACCAUUUGAAGAUCAUCCAGCUACGUCAAUCGUCACUCGGGUACGAUCACCUAGAAACGCUUCAAGCAAUGUCCAAUCUCGCCUACAUGUACAAAAUGCUUGGGCAGUUGGACAAGGCCGAGCCUUUGUACAGACGCGUGCUUGCAAGCCACGAGAACCAUCUUGGACCCUCGCACAAUGUAACCGCUGCCAGUAUGGCAAACCUGGCUGGGCUUUUGAAGGAGAAGGGGAGGCUUGAGGAGUCUGAAGUGCUGUAUCGCCGAGCGCUGGAAAGUCGUGAAGCAAAACAUGGCCGACUGCAUCAUGACACGUUGCAGACUGUCAAUGACUUGGCUAGCUUGCUCCGUCUCAAGGGCGCCUAUGAUGAGGCGCAGUUGCUUUAUGAGCGAGCAUUGGCUGGGCGAAAGGCUUUGCACGGAGAGGACCAUGUGGAGAUCUACAGAGUCAAGAACAACUACGCUUUGCUCCUCAAGGACCGGGGCGACAAAGCCCGAUUUGACUACCAGAAGGCUGAGCAGCUUUAUCGAGAGGCCAGGGCAGGUGCCACUUCAAAGCUUGGCCUAGAUCACCCAGACACUCUCACGUUUGAACACAACCUUGCAGCCCUGCUUGGUCCAUCUUCGGAGGAGGCUGAGGAACUCUACAGACAUGUGGUCGCUGGACGAGAGAGGAGGCUUGGCAAAGAGCACCCAGACACGCUGCGCAGCAUCAGCAACUUGGCCUGCCUUCUGGAGUUCAAGGGGGACACGCAGACCGCCCACACAAUGCAGAACAGUGCUUACAAGGGACUGCAGAAGAGGCUUGGUGAGGAUCACGCUGAGACGCUGACCUGCAUGAACAACUUGGCGAGUCUCCUGAUAACCUUGCAGCAAUUUGGUGAAGCCGAACGUUUAUGUCGGCGGACCCUCAAGAAGCGGGAGGAAAUCUUUGGCACUGAUCACCGCGACACUUUAACAUCAGUCAACAACUUGGCAUACCUGUUGAAGGCCAAGAAGAUGUUUGCAGACGCUGAAUACUACUAUCGCCGGGCACUGGAUGGCUUCACGAGAGUAUUAGGUCCUGAUCAUCAAGACACGCUGCACACGGUCUAUAGCUUGGCCACUUUGCUGGAGGCCAUGGGCCGCUUCAGUGAGGCAGAGCCCAUGACCCGGCAGGCGCUGGAAGGAUUCAGGAGUAAAUUGGGAGCGGAUCAUCCGGAUACGCUGCGGAGUGUUCUGCAUUUUGCAGCGAUGUUGCAGGCGAAGAAGCGGUUCCAGGAAGCGGAAGAUCUUUGCCAAGAGGUGCAUGACCGAUUCCAACAGGAAUUUGGCUUGGACCACCCAGACACCAUGACAGCGGAGGAAUACUUGGCCAACACGCUGGAGGAAGAGGGGCGCAUGGAUGAGGCCAUGAAGCUUCGGCGCAACGUGAUGGAGUCAAGGGAGCGAGUCUUCGGCCCCUUGCACUGGGAUACGCUGUGGAGCCUGGACCGCUUGUCACACCUUUUGCUGGCCACAGGGCACAUAGCAGAGGCUGAGGUCAAACAACGGCAAGCAGUAGAGCGAAGAAGGCAAAAGCUCGGCACAGAUCAUGUGGAGACGCUGCGGAGCUCCAGAAUCCUGGCCGAGUACCUGAAGCUGCAGGAUAGCAAUCAAAAGCUCGAGGAAGCUCAUCAAUUGCUGCAAAAAACAAAGAAAGAUGAUCAGCAGCUGCUUGGGGUAGACCACAGCGAGACCAUCAAGUGCAUGCAGACGCUCGCAGACGUGUUGGCCUCCAUGGGUGAGCUGACAAAGGCUGAAGAAGAGUACCGAGAAGUCCUGGAGUGCGGGAGCUCAAAACGACCGGCGCGGUGA